AUGCCUUCUUCAUCAACAGAAGGAAAGGACAGAAAAAAGAAAGACUCGUCCUCUUCAAAAAAGAAGGAAUCAAAAGACAAAUCAGAAUCUAAAAAAUCAUCUUCCUCAAGUAAAACUAAAAGCACACCAAAUACUACAACAACGUCAAAGGAUAAUGAUGACGAUUUUGAAGAAAAACAAUUCGUCUUGAGAGUUCCCGAAGACAUCGCAGAAAAAAUCCGGGAACGUAUUCGUAAAGAAAGUAAAUCAUCAUCAGAGAAAGCUCAACGAGUAGGAUUGGAUAUGAGCAUCAAAUUUGGUGACGAUGUGGAUGUUUUACAAUUCCUGCAAGCAGCUAGAUUGACAGAAGAAGAUGUUAAAGUUAACACUGCAAGAAAAGAAGACCUAGCUAAUGGGUACCUAAGUGAUAUCGAGUAUGGUAUUGAUAAGAAUAGAAGAGGAAGGUUUCAAUUUGGUGACAAAAUUCUUCCUUGUGUACUAGUAGAUAUGCCAACACAUGUAGAGGCAUAUAAAUCUAUUGAUUGCCAAACAUAUUACAAAUGUGGAGAUGUCAGCCAAAUGAUCCUUGUACAAAAACCAUCUGAUUUGGAAGCUGAUAUUCAAAAGUCAAGAGUUAAAAGAAACAAAUGUUAUCAAAAGAAUUCGAAUAACAAAACCCACCAUCAUCAUCAUCAUGAUUCGAAAAAGAGAAAAACUAAGGACUUGUUAACAAGCUACCUCUUUGAAGAUGGUCUUACUUCUCCGAUGGAAAGAGUUUUAAGACAUUGGAAUUCUCAAAAAUUGGAAAUUACUAGAAAAGACAUUAAAAAACUCAAGGAAAAAUAUAUUCAAAUGUUGGAAGAAGAGGAUCCAACAAAAGUAAAGAUUGAGUUUGUAGAAUAUGCUUCAGAGCAAGAGAGAUUAGCAGCUUUGCACGAGGAAAUGAGUAGCUCAUCUUCAUCUGAUUCGAGUGAAUCAGACGAAGACUCUGAUGAUUCUGACAACCUUUUUGAUGAAUUGAGUGCUAACAGAAAAGAUGUAGAUAGUGUAAAUGGUGACAAUGGUACCAACAAUCUAGGAUCUUCAACACCACUCAGUCAAGGAAGCUCUAAUCCACUAGGCUUUACACCAUUCUCGAACACUCCAAACAUUCCUAAACAUAACCCUACAUAUAUGAGUGAAGAUAACAUGUCUGAUGGAGGAGAAUCUCAAAUUUCUACAAUGAGCAAACAGUCUUUGAAACAAAAUCCAACACCAAGCCAAAUUUCUGAUCAGGAAAUGAAAGAUGAAGACUCAAGUUCAGAAGAUGAAUCAGAUGACAAUGAUAUGUUUGAUGAGGUAUCAGCAGCUCCCCAACCAUCAGUAGAUGUUCGCACAACUCCUCAAUAUCAAGAAUUAAUUAUGAAAAAAGAGUCCUGUGAAAGAAUUAUUUUUGAAAACGAGUCAAAAAUCAAACUGGUGCAAACCAAUAUAGGAAAAGCUAAAAAUGAUAUUCAAAAACAAAGAGCUAAUGCUGCUAUUGCUAGUCUUGGAGAUAUAGUACAAGAUCACAAACAAAAACUUCAAGACAUCAUUAAUGAAAUGGAUCAAUUACUUCGAAGAUAAAGUAUUUAAUUUUUU